AUGUCCAAGCCCUCAGGGGAACUCAACCUCCUGGAGUCUCAGAGAAGGGACGCACUGGGCUCCACCUCCAGCUGCUGUGCUGACCUGGGAUCUGCCUCCACCUCUGAGAAGUUCCUGGUCUACGGGAUGCCUCCUGGAAUAUCUAGACCCUUGGCACAUUCAGGUCCACUUCAGCAGUACCAGAGAUUGAGGCAAGUGCAGGGCCGUCUCCUCUGGGCCCUGUACUCUGAUCCCAGCACAUCUGUCCUUUGCCAGGAUGAUAUGCUGUGGCUGCUGUUGCUGAUUCUCCCCUGCCUGGGGGACUCCCUGCCCUUGACCCCAGCACCCAGGUCAGAUGCUGAGCUCAUGGGCAUCAUGGGGAACCAUAAAGCCCCAUCUGGGAGGUGGCCAUGGCAGGUCAGCCUAUGGUUCUAUUACCCAGAAAAUAAGGAGUGGAAUACUCAAUGUGGGGGCUCCCUCAUUCACAAGGAAUGGGUGCUGACUGCUGCCCACUGUGUUAAAGGAGUAAAGCCUGAGAAUGUACGGGUCCAAGUGGGACAAGCGCAGCACUCAUGGAGUGGUGACCAUCUGAAUGUGACUGAGGUCAUCCCCCACAAAGACUACAAUGAUGAGCAGGGACCAGAAGAGCGGCUGUCCCCUGUCAAGGACCUGCAGGAGGUGGAGGUCCCCAUCGUGGACACUGGGGACUGCAGUCAGACAUUCCAGGAGAUUGACAAGGUCAUCAAGGAGGACAUGCUGUGUGCUGGGAGCGUGGACAAGGAUUCCUGCCAGGGUGACUCUGGAGGUCCUCUGGUCUGCAAAAUCGGGCACAGCUGGGUGCAGGAAGGGGUGGUGAGUUGGGGCUCCUGGUGGCAGCUGGACCGGGGUGCGCAGGCGCGAAAUAGGGCGGAUAAACAGGCAGCAUUGCGGCUAGAGUUGGAAACGCUCCAGCAGGUGGCCACCAUGUCCAAGGGCAGCCCCUCCGAGGUAACACAGUGCUCUGAGGGGCUUCUGGCCCACACAGACCCCUGCUCAGUGGCACCGGAGUUACAGCUUCACCCCAGCAGAAGGAGCGCAUGCAUCCAUGGGGGCAGCUCGGCCCCUGCACGCUUCUCCAGCCUCCGAGCAGCUGAGGAUGAGGACCCUGUGGUCUCCCCAGAUCUCACAACCCAGGGCAGCCACUUCUAG